AUGAACGUUCCUUCACCGUUCAACGAAAACACUCCCUUCAUUCCCUUCAUUCCCCAGCUUGGUGGCCAGGAUUCAAAUGUCAGAGCCAUCCAAGGUGCAAUGGAAUCAUGCUAUGGCAAGACUAUUAUGUCAGGUGUCAUGGGCUUCGGCAUGGGCGGACUAUUCGGUUUAUUUAUGGCAUCUAUGUCUUACGAUACUUCCUUCCGCAGUCCCCUCCAAAGCGCCAAUGGUCAACCAGCCGUUACCUCAUUUCCUCUCCGCCAGCAGCUGAAAAUCGGUUUCAAGGACAUGGGCAUGCGCUACUGGAGCAUGGCAAAGAAUUUUGGCAAGUUCGGCGGCCUGCUUUCCGGAAUCGAGUGCGGCAUCGAAGGCCUCCGAGCGAAGAACGAUCUAGUCAACAGCAUGGCGGCGGGAUGUCUGGCGGGAGGCAUCUUGGCCAAGAAUGCGGGACCGCAAGCUGUUGCUGGAGGCUGUAUUUCAUUUGCGGUUUUUAAUACAGCGGUCGAAGCGUAUAUGAGACAGCCGAGCGAAGAGUAA